UUUUUUUUUUCCUUCAUACAACUAUGGACAUUCAUAAUAUUGACGAAUUUUUAGAUUUACAAGAUCAAGCUGAAACAAACUUGCUCUCAACUGAACAAGGACAUGAAGAAGAAUGGCAUUCUACUGCUGCACCCAUCAAUGAAAUGUUGUCAUCUAUGGACAAUAACAUUUUUUUAAAUAAUAGCAGUGGUAAUAAUAGUAAUACAGACUGGGAAUUAUUAAAAAAUGGCCUCGAUAGUUUACCAGGGUUAACAGAGAUUAUGGGACAUGGUGGUAUUUUAAAUGAAAGCAAUGAUUGCAUUACGCCUGAUUCACUUAUUAAGCAACCUGAACAACGAAUCACGCGCUCAAAAUCAGUUGCUGCUUUGGCAUCACCUACUACUACUAUCUCAACAUCAACUACGACCCCCAAGAAAAAAAGAACACGUGCAAAAAAAGUCUAUUGUAUUUGUAAACAACCUUAUAAUGGAAAACCUAUGGUUCAGUGUGAUAGGUGUCAAGAAUGGUUCCAUUGUGCUUGUGUAGGAUUUGAUCCAGACAAUGAAGAAGAUAUUGAUUGGAUAUGUAAAUCUUGUAUUGAAGGUAAGCUUAUUAAAAAUGUGCAUAUGCAUACAAAUACAGUAUAUCACAAAGGGAGAGUUUAUGCAUGUAUGAGACGAAGAUUUAUGUACAUAAUUUGUCUUGAUUGUAUUAUUUUAUUACAUUAAAAAAAAUGAAUGUUUAUUUCUUUC